CCGCCCGCUGCCGCCGCGCGCCCCCCGGUGCUUCCGUGCGGCCCCGUGAGAAGCGCCCCGGGACCAAGGGUGCCUUUGGCAGUGCUCGUUUCUGGCACCCGCAGAUCCUUUUCCACGGAGCUGCGUGCGGUCGGUAUGACCGGCAGGACCCGGCUCUUGGCCGCGUUGGACCCCAUCCCGUCGGUCUCUGCCCAGCGUUGUCCUCGAGCGGUGGUGCUCCUGCAGCCCCGUGCCUGUGUCCCAACCCCGGGCUGAGUGAGCGGCUCUGGCUGGUAAAGACAGACGCAAAGAAGGCACGGAGACCCUCACCCUUUCCUCAGCAACAUCGUUCCCCGGUGCACCCAGUGAAGGAUGAGGGUUCACCUUGGCCCUUUUGCUGCCCAGUGCCCACGUGAGCCGAGCAGGGGAAGCACUGCCAAGGCACCUCCGUGAUGACCGUGAGCGCCACGGACGCGGACGACGCGGUGAACACCGACAACGGCAUCAUCAGCUACUCCAUCGUCAGCCAGCAGCCGCCCAGCCCGCACCCCCAGAUGUUCACCAUCGACCCGGCCAAGGGCAUCAUCAGCGUGCUGGGCACGGGGCUGGACCGGGAGACCACUCCCAACUACACGCUGAUUGUCCAGGCCACGGACCAGGAGGGCAAGGGCCUGUCCAAUACCACCAUGGCCGUCAUUGAGGUCAUGGAUGCCAACAUCCCCAGCACCGACGACAUCCCGAAGACCAACAAGGCUCCAGACAAACCCGAGAUGCUGAGCGGUUCCCUGACCACCCACGUGCUGAACACGGCCUCAGGGCUGCCUGCUGCCGGCCUCGCUCUGCGCCUGGCACAGCUGGCGGAGCCAGGGGGACAGUGGACAGAGCUGGCACAGAGGUGGACGGAUGCAGAUGGACGCUGUUUGCCCCUCCUGCUCCCUGGACAGGCUGAGGCUGGCACCUAUAAACUGCACUUCGAGACGGCAGCUUACUGGCAGAGCCUGGGGUACAGCAGCUUCUACCCCUUUGUGGAGGUUGUCUUCACCAUCACUGACCCAGCCCAGAAGCUGCACGUCCCACUGCUGAUCAGCCCCUACUCCUACACAACAUACAGGGGCAGUUAGGGCAAGGCUCCAGUGCCCCAGGGGAACCACUUGACUGAUACCAUUAAAGGACUCAAACAGCACCAUCAGCCUCAAAAAAUUCACUUUUCUUCAGGUCAGAUGCUGGGAGCACAG